GAGGAGUACAACGUGUUCAGCUGUCUGAUGAGAAGUAAAGCACCAAAGCCAGACUGGCACUCCGGACUUGGCAUCUACAGUUUCUCCCCAGGGGUCUCUGGCUGGUUGGUGGCUUUCUGUGUCUUGUUGGUUCAUUGUUUAGUGGUGACUCCCCUGCUGGUCAUUCUGUGGAGAAGAAUGAGAGAAACAAACACCAGAUAUGAUUCAAUAGUUGGAUUCCUUCCUAUAUGUUUCCUGCACAAGGAAAUUGAAAAGUCACAACGCGUCACCAAUGCAGAAUGGAGGAGAAUAUGCAGCUCAGCAGCUGAUGUCACUUUUGACCCUGAGACUGCAGAUCCAUAUCUCAUUGUGUCUGAAGACGGGAAAGAAGUGAGACACACAGACACACGACAGAGAGUGACGGACAAUCCAAAGAGGUUUGACCGCUAUCCUAUUGUCCUGGCCAGAAGAGGAUUCAUGUCAGGGAGACACUACUGGGAGGUGGAGGUCGGGGGGAAGACUGAGUGGAUUUUAGGAGUCGCCAGAGAGUCGGUCAACAGGAAGGAGGUUGAUCCCCUGAGCCCAGAUAAUGGAUACUGGACUGUGUGGCUGAGGAAUAAGAACGAGUACGCAGCCGGCAUUGGCCGUUCUCUCCCUCUCCCCCUGAGAGUGCAACCCCAGACAGUGGGGGUCUUUCUGGACUAUGAUGAAGGUCAGGUCUCCUUUUACAAUGCCCAGUCCCGCUCUCACCUCUACACCUUCACAGACUCCUUCACUGAGCCCCUCUAUCCGUACUUCAAUCCCGAUCUUAAUGACGAUGGUAAAAACGCAGCCCCUCUGGUCAUCUGCCCCCUGCGCACACACUGACCCCUCUGUAUUAAUAUCGUCUGUCCAUCUCUGUGUCAGGUCAGAGCAGCACAAAGCCGAUGGAGACUUUUAGAAGAAAUCUGAGACCCUGAAUAUUGAGACCACCGUCCAUUUUGUAACUCGCUUAUCUAAUUCAGGGUCACAGGGGGCUGUCAAUGUGAGGGGCAACACAGAUAAGAACCAACCUGUGACACCAGAGCUGAAGGCCGGACCACCAAUCACUGUGCUACUACAAGACCACCGAUCAGACAAACAUGAAUUCCUAUCUAGCGUUAUAUACUUCUAUUGUUAAACGUGGACUGAAAUACACAACACUGUAAGUCUGCUGAGAAGUUCAUCAACACUGAGAUGAGUUUGGGAUGAAAUGAAAUAAAACAGAAAGGGGCGUCAAAUGAAAUAAAGAAAGGCAGGAAUUACAAAAAGAAAUCAUCGACAUCAGUGAGGUGACACGGCGCUGUCCUCUGUAAGAAAAUGGCUUCUCGUGAACUUCUCUGAGGGUCCACCUCACAGUCCUGAACCUCCGGC